AUGAAUUAUGUGAUUAGAUUCAACCCGGUCGAUCAUCCAACAAGAUGGGACACGGUACAGAAUGUCAGGGAGUUCGAAGCUGAUGCUUUCGCGAAGUGUGUCAGAUUAUUCAUGACUGAGAACGGAACACACACUCUUGAUGAUGAACAAGUGGGCUCGCGUGCUAAAGACAUUCCGAAAAAGUCUAAAGCAAGGAAGAAAAAGCCAUGGGGCUUCAAAUCGGACGCAGUCGCAUGUGCAAAUUUCUUCGCUGUUCUGCUAUUGGGGGAGCGCAGAUGUGUGCAGACCGCGGAUACGGAGAUGCAACUCUUUGGACAGAGAUUGUAG